AUGGAGGUAGAAGCAGAAGGAAAAUAUGAUAAUAAUAAAGGGAAUGACAAUUGCACCAGUCUGGAAGAAGAAAUAGAAGAUCUGAUUUACUACGUAAGAACAGGCGAUAUUGAAGAGGUAAAGAAAAUACUUGAACAUGCAAAUAUAAAUACAGUUAACGACGCAAAGGAUGAAAAUAAUAACAGCUUAUUACAUUUUGCAUGUGCAAAUAAUAAUGUGGAUAUGAUUCAUUUUCUACUUUACCAGUGUGCAAUUGGGUAUAACCAACUUAACACAAGCGGAAAUAGCCCACUCCUGUGGGCCAUACAGAACAAGCAUUAUGAAGCUGUAAAGGAAAUACUACUGUUCGACUACAUUUUAAAUAGCACAGAAUACGCAACUAUGGAAAAAAAAACAAACGAAUUGUAUGAACACAUGAAGAAGGACUUUAUUCUAGGCCCUCCUUUGAAGGAAAACUACCAGUUGAGUGCCAUCGUCAAAAAAAAAAUAAACUCCCUCAAUUUUUUUAGCUCCAUUUUUUCCCACUCUGCUGCUAAUGACACCACAAAUGAAGCACACAAUGUUAAUGGCUGUGAUAUCAACACAGGAAACGCGAUUGGAAAGGUGCAUGACCAUGAUGGCAAUACCCCGAGAAAUCAAGCAGAAACGGAACCAAACCAAAUUCGCCUGUACAAGGAAGCCAACAAAAUCGACUUGCUGAAGAAAAACAUAUUUAAUAAAAAUAUCCUAUCCGAGGCAUUCAACAUUCAGGAUGAAAAUAUAUUACACCUGAUACUGAGCCAUCCCAUAUCGAGUGUUUUGGAUGAGCAGGAGUCUCUUUACACUGAUCAAAAUAGGAAGUACAAUGACCCAUCCAGAAUCGAUGCAGCAAGUGGUGUGGAAGGCAGAGUGAUCGGCGGAGUGAGAACUGGGCUGGGGGGAGAUCAAAACGAUCCAGGAAAUCUAGCUAACCCUGGAAAUCUAGCAAACCCAGGAAAUCUAGCUAACCCAGGAAAUCUAGCAAACCCUGGAAAUCUAGCAAACCCUGGAAAUCUAGCAAACCCAGGAAAUCUAGCCAAUCUGGGGGGCCUAGGAGGAGACAGCAGUAUCAGCCGAGGAAGCGGAGGGAGUAGUGACAGCAGCGCCUGCAGCGAUUAUGAUGUGUACAGUGCAAGUGCACAAAUUCCGAUGAACAACAUCAGACAUAGAGAUCCAGUGUCAGAGAGUAGGAAUGAGUAUGGGGAAAUCAAACAUGUAGUAAAUAAUAACAACAAUGGAUUAUUCACAACAGAUUUAGGGGAAGCAAAAAUAGUUCAAGAAUAUACAUACGAAUUGAUAAUUAACGAUAAAUUAAAGGGAAAAAAUGUGAAAAAUGAAGAAGAAAUCAUUAUACGGAUAAGAGAAAUAGGUUUAAAUUAUUUUGGGAAUCCAUUUGGAAAUAGUAUAUCAACAGAUGUACAAUUACAUAAUGAUGUUACAGGGAUUAACAUAUGGGAGUGCUGUCUCAUAAUAAGUAAAUGGAUCUCAGACUUGUGUAUGCAAAAUAAUACCCUUUUUAGCAACAAGACUAUUUUAGAGAUAGGUGCAGGAAGUGGACUUGCCAGCAUUUCACUUUUUCUACAUGCAAACAUACUUCUCAGGGGAAUUGAUAAGGGUCCUAAAAAUUUAAUAAUCAGUGAUAUUAACCCAUUCACGCUAAGUAACAUUUCACAUAAUGUACUGAUUAAUCAAAAAUUAUUUUGUUAUCUAGAUUCUGAUUGGAGAAAUAAAAUAAAAAUAUGUAAUAUCGAUUGGACUAAUGAAAAUACUUACUUAAGAGAAAACGAUCAAAUUGUUACAUAUGACUACAUUAUUGGAAGUGAUUUAAUAUACGAUAAAAAAAUAGUACCUUCACUUAUUUAUUUAAUUAACUUAACCUUAAAAAAAAACGGUAUUUUUCUUUAUGUGUGCAAAAAAAACAGAGAUGGGGUUCAGCAAUUCUUUGAUCAAUUAAGAAAUAACAAUUUCGAUUUACACUUCCUAACACCUCCAAGUCAUUAUUUUACCAAUCCAUUUCUUAACGUAGAUACCGAAUUAUAUGAGGCAAAAUUUUCAGAAUUUUCCGAUGUCUCCAAUUUUGUUAUGGUGCACUGUGAAAAGCGUUGA